AUGCCUCGGAGGAGCAGAUGGAUGCAUCUUGCGGCGGGCGUCGCGCUCGGCGUAACCUUUGGAAUAUUUCUUAAGUUGUGUUUAAGGACUUCGUCGCGAACGACGAUUGAAUCAUGUCCGGAAUCAGCGAGACUAGUCGUCGAUUCCGACCCCCUAGCCCUGGUAGGAUUGUUACCAAACGAAACUGUUCACAAUUCGAACAGAACUCUGGUGUUCGUAGGUGUUAUGACAGCUGAACAGUAUUUAAGUUCUCGUGCGAAAGCAGUGUUUGAUACUUGGAGCCAGGAUUUGCCUGGUCGAAUAGCGUUUUUCAGUUCGGAAGUGUCGCGUGCCCCAGGUUUACCUUUAGUUCCUUUGCGUAAUGUGGACGACAGCUAUCCUCCGCAAAAGAAGUCAUUUAUGAUGUUACUAUACAUGUAUGAGAAGUAUGGGGAUAAGUUUGAAUGGUUCAUGCGUGCUGACGACGACGUGUAUGUGAGAGGUGAUAAAUUAGAAGAGUUUCUGCGUUCUGUCGAUAGCAGAAAGCCGCAGUUCAUCGGUCAAGCUGGAAGAGGUAUGAGGGACGAGAAAGAUAGCUUAGCAUUGGAUUACAACGAGAACUUCUGUAUGGGCGGUCCCGGUGUGUUGUUCUCCAGGGAGACACUGAAGAGAGUGGCACCUCACGUGAAGUAUUGCUUGAAGCACUUGUAUACCACGCAUGAGGAUGUGGAGCUGGGUCGGUGUGUCGCCAAGUUCGCUGGCGUUUCGUGCACGUGGAGUUAUGAUGUAAGUGCUAAAUUAUAA